AUGAAGUUGUUCCAAUCGAUUCGCCAUGUUUAUGGAAGUUUCAAGCAAAAGAGAACUGGUUCUCUAGAUAGCCUUUUUAUGGACAGUAAGCGAAUCAAAUUUGAUGUGAAGCUCAGAAUUGGAAACAAGUACGAGACACGUUCCAUGGAACUGCGUCGGCGAUUCAAUGAAUCUGGAAAACAAGAAUGGUCGCUCUACAUCAUCAAAUAUGCAGAUUACACUUCUUACGACUACUUCCCUUUGUCCGACAGCUUCAUUUGUCAGUUGUUUGAUGAAACAACGAAAAACUUGAAGUGCACCCUUGUACUUGUCGAGAAUGUUCUUCGGUUAAAGAUGAGGAAUUUGUCGGACAAAUGGCGAUUCGUUGAGUUUAUUAGAGCAAAUUUGGAGACAAAAGCUCAUCAUUUUUCGGGAGAAAUCGAUGCCUCCCCUCUCCGAACCUUCCCUUCCCACCCAAUCCACGUCUUCUUCCAUCACACUUGUCUUCUUUUCAUUUCCCAAAACUCUGGACGGAUGCUAGCUCACAAAUCUCUUUUCGACAUGGAUCUCCUUAUUUUCAAAGAUCAAAAAAUCUCAUUCGUCUGCAAAUCUCCUUUGGAACUCUGGUCGAUCCAUAUGGAAAAUUCGGAGAAACUCUCGGAUUUGAUGAGUGAAGCAAUCGAGAUUCGAGGACUCCCAGUUAUUAUUAAUGACGUCGUCGAACAUAAGAAGAGAGGAGAGGAACCAGAAUACGUGCAGAUACCUUCUUCAGUGUACACGGAUUUCUAA